CCGCCCCCAGCUGUGAGCCAGAAAAACCUGCCGUAACUGCAGUCUGCACUGGCAGCACUGCACUGCACCUGCGAGCCUCGGAGCUCUUCCCGUUGCGGCGGCGGCGGCGGAGAUGGCGGCGAAUCUGGAGGAUGUGCCGUCACUGGAUCUGAUGCACGAGCUGCUCCGCCGCAUGAAGUGCAGCUCCAAGCCCGACAAGCGCCUCAUCCUCAUCGGCCCGCCUGGCUCUGGUAAGGGAACUCAGUCUCCCAUUAUUAAGGAUGAAUAUUGCCUGUGCCAUUUAGCUACUGGUGAUAUGCUGAGGGCUGCUGUGGCGGCCAAGACACCUCUAGGUGUCAAAGCAAAAGAAGCUAUGGAUAAGGGAGAGCUUGUUUCAGAUGACUUGGUUGUGGGGAUUAUUGAUGAAGCUAUGAAGAAACCCUCAUGCCAGAAAGGUUUCAUUCUUGAUGGCUUCCCUAGAACUGUCACUCAAGCACAGAAGCUUGAUGAGAUGUUGGCAAAGCAAGGCGCUAAUGUUGACAAGGUCUUGAACUUUGCAAUUGAUGAUGCUAUAUUAGAAGAACGGAUUACUGGUCGUUGGAUCCACCCAGCCAGUGGUAGAACUUACCAUACAAAAUUUGCACCUCCAAAGGUUCUGGGAGUUGAUGAUGUAACUGGGGAGCCAUUGAUUCAAAGGAGAGAUGACACAGCUGAGGUCUUGAAGUCAAGGCUUGAAGCCUUCCACAGACAAACUGAACCUGUGAUUGACUAUUACUCCAAGAAAGGCUUAGUGGUGAACCUGCCUGCAGAGAAACCACCAAAGGAAGUGACUGCUGAGGUGCAGAAAGCACUUUCGUGAUGAAGUGUCCACUCUUCAGGCUAAGCAUGACAUCUACCAAAGUCCCUUUGUCUCGGUUUCUUCCAAAUUUAUACUUAGGCCAACAUCAUGGGUUUUUUAUUUUCUGUAUCCUUUUUGUUCGAGCACUGUUUUAUCCCAGCCUUGAACUGCCAGGAUAAAUCUCUGUUUCGAAUGAAGGAAGUUGUUUUCAGUAACAAAACUGAGAUGAUUACAGCAAUUCAUCUGUGGAAAGGAAUUUCCGGUGGCAAACCAUGUUCCAGUUCUUACAUCAAUGCUAUGUUACUGACUAUGAUAAUCAGGAAGAUACCUAGGUAUUCUGUUCGCUCAGCACCUUGCUCAAUUGGGUGGAGGUAUUGGUGUGCUACGAGGUCAAAUGAGCGUUUCAAGUUGUAUGAUUCUGAACCUGUAGUGAUGUUAAUUCAAAUUGGUGUACCUAUUGCAGUUAAGCUGUACCCAUACUUAUUACUUUGUGAGUAGAUGUACAACUUGAGAAAUUCCUUGAUAGAAAUUUUGCACAA